AUGACAUCAGCAUCAGGACCCCCGCAGGCGUCCUCAUCAACACAACAUUCGCUGUAUGAGGGGAGCACGCAGUACCUUCACUGGCGAUUCUCGCCGGAGCAGCUUGGGCGAAUGCGACACACACUGAACGAGGACGCUGUCUCUGCCAUCAGGAACGCGUUUGAGUCGGACUCUCCAGGAUCGUCCACAAGCGUAUCCUUUUUGAACGCUGAUGAGGAGCACCUGCUCGUGAAGCUCUACGUCGGGAAGAUAUCCCAACUAUGCGGGCACUUCCGAUUCCCGGAGGAAGUGGAAGCCACCGCCGUUUCAUACAUGAAACGAUUCUACCUCAAGAACACUGUCAUGGACUGGCAUCCAAAGAACGUCAUGUUGACGGCGCUGUUUCUCGCUACGAAGACGACCAAUCACCCCAUCUCGCUUGAAUCAUAUGCAGCCCACAUCCCGCGAACGGUCCCGUCUGAUGUUCUUGACCUGGAGUUCCUCGUGGCGCAGAGUCUAGGGUUCGACUUCGCGGUGUGGCAUCCACAUAGAGCGUUAUGGGGGAUGUGGCUAGACGUACAGAACAUCCCCGACGCUUCCAUUGAAGAGCUAAGUAAGGCGUACGAAGCCGCUGUAGGCUAUGUGCGGGCUGCGCGCUUGACGGACGCGGAGUUCAUCUACACACCGUCGCAGAUCGCCCUCGCGUGCUUCUCCAUCGCCUCGCCCACGCUGGCGUCAGCAUGGGCGCAUGCCAAAUUCCCUGCUUCACCCCGGCCGCCGGUGUUGGAGGUACUGGACCCGAUCAAGACGCUCAUUUUACGGGAUGGAUCACCGCCGGACGUCGAAGCUGUACGGGAAGUGGACCGGCGGCUCAGGUUGUGCAAAAAUCCGGAGAAGAUCCCAGGGAGUAAUGCAUUCAUCAAGAAACAGCAGGAGAAGGAACGGAAGGCUGACGAGAAGCGGAGACGUAAGGCGGAGGCCGUGAGGAUUGCCAUGGAGGACGGAGACCCGUUUGGGAACGAGCUGGCUAAGAAAGCAGCAGCGGCGGAUUUGGAUGACGACGACGACGAUGAUUGA